CAAAAGGGUGCAAAGAGUUUGGACAGUAUCAAUUUGAUACAUUUUAUACUAGUGAAGAAAGCAGUUAAAGUACAAAUAAUAAAUAAGAACACCAAUAGAACUGACUAGAAGAUAUAUACACCUGGGAAAAACGGAACAGUUUUUCGAAUUUUGGCAGGCUCUCAUGUAUACAUUAUUGGAUAGAAGAUGAAUAAAGGUCUUGAGUAUAGCACAAGUCAGGGGACCGUGCUGGCUGACAGGGGUCCACGGAAUAUGGUUCCUGUCCACAACUAUCCUGCUGGUGUUGGCAAGAGCCAUGCAUGGAGAGGUGCAGCUUAUUAUGUUCCAAGUGAAAAUAGAUGGAUACAACAAGACCAGUACAGGUCACUACCUCGGGAGGCGAGGAGAGACGCUAUAUAUUUCGAGUCGGAAGAUGACUGGGUCUCAUGGAAGAUAAAAAAUGAUAAACCCAAAGGACCAUCAGGAAUUACAAUGUCGGGAUACCCGCGUGAUUUUACCGGUGUACCAGUUCCCACGCUACUUCCAUCUCAAGUUUGUGCUAUAAAUAGACGGUGGUCAGGCGCAGGGUACUUUGCCCCAUCUGCCAAUAGAUGGUUCCAUGACACGGACAGUCCUGGAAUCCCUAGGGAGUCUUUGCAUUUCUAUAAUGAAGAAGACUGGAUAAAAUUCAAGUACAUGUGUGAGAACCCAUCCAUGCGAAAAUAGUUAUAAUGUUGAAAUCAAAAAUAUUAAUUUGAUGACUGUUUUCUAUGAUGGCAGACUUUACAAAAUUUUUACAAACUUUUACGAAUUGUUUUAUAUAAUUCAUUGCGAAACAAGUAGAUCUAAUAUAGGUCUUUGGAUUAUAAUCUAUAGCCAUAAUAUAAUUCACCGUUUCACUUUUGUGUAUCUUUACAUUAUUGAUAACUAAAUAUGACAUUUAUCUUUUUAUUAUAACAGCAUUAGUUUAUUAAAGUAUUACCAUGUACAAACAUAUUAUACCAGGUAAUUAAUUUUAAUUAGUAUUUCAAUUUUUAAGCUCGACUUUUUUUUUGAAAAAAAAGAAGAAAAAAAGAGGA